AUGAAAUUGCAGCGCAUGACCGAGGAGGAGGGAAAUGAAAGUGGAGGAUAUUCGAAACCAAAUUCGACCGCAACCGCGACGGCGGUGCGGAUGGUGGCAACAAAGGCGUCUGGUCAUGUCAGCCUCAGCUGCAAUGGCGGCAAUGCCGGCAAUGGCGGCAAUGGUGGCAAUAGCGGCCUGUUAUUUGUGCUGACAGCGGUGAUGACACUAACGAGCUUAAUAACGCCCACAGAACAGCUGACAGGUAAUCAUCCAUCGGCCAGAAUAAACAGUAGCACGCGAGGCUUGGUGGCUUCCCAACUACACCCGCACCCACACCCACACCCACAUCUGCACCCUCCCUUUGGGGCAGGCGACUUCUACAAACACAUGAAUGCCAGCCUAGUUGGUGGUUUCAUGAUGAACGGUGGCUUGAAUGUGACACCGUUUAGAGGUUCACGCAACGAGAGUGGCUUCGAGUACAUGGAUGAGGAUAUGUCUGACUGCCCGGAUGGCCAGAAUGUGAUCGUUAAGCUGAUAACCAUGAUACUAUAUGCACUGGUCUGCAUUAUAGGACUCUUCGGCAACACGCUGGUCAUUUAUGUGGUGCUGCGCUUCUCCAAAAUGCAAACCGUUACUAAUAUUUAUAUCUUGAACCUGGCAAUAGCGGACGAGUGCUUCCUGAUUGGCAUACCCAUACUCAUAUAUACGAUGCAGAUUGGCGGCUGGUCCUUUGGCGAUUACAUGUGCAAGGCAUACUUGGUGAGCACCUCGAUAACACAGUUUACCUCGUCGAUAUUUCUGCUGAUAAUGUCAGCGGAUCGUUAUAUCGCUGUGUGCCAUCCUAUAUCAUCGCCACGCUAUCGCACACCGUUCGUCUCGAAACUGGUCUCGGCAUUUGCUUGGAUAACAUCUGUGCUGUUGAUGUUGCCCGUCAUAUUGUUCGCGAGCACGGUGCAUAUGGAGCAGGGCGGGGUCGAGCAUAUUUCGUGCAACAUCGAAUGGCCAGACGCACAGAAUACACAAUCGGAUACAACAUUUAUACUGUACUCCCUGGCCCUGGGCUUUGCGACCCCCCUAACAUUCAUAUUGGUGUUCUAUUGCCUUGUCAUUAGAAAGUUGCACACGGUGGGGCCGAAGCACAAGAGUAAGGAGAAGAAGCGGUCCCAUCGCAAGGUCACCAAACUGGUGCUGACAGUGAUUACAGUAUACAUUAUGUGUUGGCUACCCCAUUGGAUAUCUCAAGUUGCGUUGAUCAACUCGUCGCCAAGCAAAUGCGCCUCGAGACUGGAAGUGGCCGUCUUUCUGCUCUGCGGCUGCCUCAGCUACUCCAACUCGGCCAUGAAUCCCAUACUCUAUGCCUUCCUCAGCGACAACUUCAAGAAGAGCUUCAUGAAGGCCUGCACUUGUGCCGCGCGCAAGGAUGUGAAUGCCCAACUGCAGCUGGAAAACAGCUUGUUCCCCAAGUUCGGCAAGAAUCGGCAGUCGGAGCGUCUAAUUGGCGGCGGCGGAGCUGCUGGUAUGGCCAAGAAGAAGGGUCUAGUGGCGUCACGCAACAAUAAUGCGUCCCAUUUGCGAAAUGCAACCCCAACAACUACAACCACAACAACGGCUACCAGCAACAUGGCCACAACUUACGCAGAUGGGUUGACCUGUGUACAUCCUGCGGUUCACGCACCAGCCGAGUUGCCCAACACCCUGGGCGCUGGCAAUGCUGCCCUGCUGGUGAUGGAUGCUGAGGCCGCAGUGGAGACGCGCAACUGUAAGCCGCCCGUUCUGCACACAGACUUAUAA